CCGUAGGAGCGUCUCGCGUUUUCAUUGGCUGAGGGAGGGCCGAGGCUCUUCGGAAGAGUUUCCUCGGGGAGAAGUCGGGAGGCUUUGCUCCCGCCGUGCGGUGCGUGGCCAGGAAGUGACGCAUGGCCUUGGCCCGCGGCCGCCCUGCCCCCGCUUCCUUUCACGCUGUCGGUGCCCGUAGGUGGUCGUGGCCACCGCACCCGGCGGGAGGUGGCGGCGGCCAGUAAUGCCCGGGAAACUCCUCUGGGGAGACAUCAUGGAGCUCGAGGCACCCUUGGAAGAGUCCGAGAGCCAGAGGAAGGAGAGGCAAAAGAGUGAUAGAAGGAAGUCAAGGCACCAUUCUGAAUCCGAUGAGAAAACAGAAACAAGAGAAAAUGGUGCUACAGAUGACCUGGAUGCUCCCAAGCCCAAAAAAGCUAAAAUGAGAGAGAAGCUAAACGGAGACACCGAAGAAGAACUUAGUAGAUUUUCAGAUGAAUUCUCUCCAUCUCAUAAGUCAAGAAGAAAAGACCUGCCAAACGGGGAUGUUGAUGAGUAUGAAAGAAGGUCAAAGCGAGUGUCAUCCCUAGAAAAUUCUCAUAAAUCAAGUGAUACAGUAGAGGAGACUCUAACACGUGAACAGAAGGAAGGAGCCUUCUCUAAUUUCUCUAUUUCUGAGGAGACCAUAAAGCUUCUGAAAGGUCGAGGGGUAACAUAUCUCUUUCCUAUUCAAGUUAAAACCUUUGGUCCUGUAUAUGAAGGAAAAGAUUUAAUUGCUCAAGCCCGGACAGGAACAGGAAAGACAUUCUCUUUUGCCAUACCCUUGAUUGAAAGGCUCCAAAGAAAUCAAGAAACAAUUAAAAAAAGCCGCUCACCAAAGGUACUCGUUUUGGCACCAACAAGGGAACUGGCAAAUCAAGUAGCCAAAGAUUUCAAAGAUAUAACUAGAAAACUCAGUGUGGCAUGUUUUUAUGGUGGAACAUCAUAUCAAAGCCAGAUCAAUCAAAUUCGGAAUGGUAUUGACAUCCUUGUUGGAACUCCAGGGCGGAUCAAAGACCAUCUGCAAAGUGGCCGGUUGGAUCUUUCGAAGCUGCGCCAUGUUGUGCUUGAUGAAGUAGAUCAAAUGUUAGAUUUAGGUUUUGCUGAACAAGUUGAAGAUAUUAUUCAUGAAUCCUACAAAACUGAUUCAGAAGACAAUCCUCAGACCUUACUUUUUUCUGCAACUUGCCCACAGUGGGUAUACAAAGUUGCAAAAAAAUACAUGAAAUCCAGAUAUGAACAGGUUGACCUUGUUGGAAAAAUGACUCAAAAAGCUGCAACCACUGUGGAACAUUUGGCUAUCCAGUGCCAUUGGUCUCAGAGACCAGCAGUUAUUGGAGAUGUCCUCCAGGUCUACAGUGGAUCUGAAGGGAGGGCUAUUAUCUUCUGUGAGACCAAGAAGAAUGUUACUGAAAUGGCCAUGAAUCCACACAUAAAGCAGAAUGCCCAGUGUUUACAUGGGGACAUUGCACAGUCACAAAGAGAAAUUACCUUGAAAGGCUUCAGAGAAGGGAGUUUUAAAGUUUUGGUGGCAACCAAUGUGGCUGCUCGAGGCUUGGACAUUCCUGAAGUUGACCUGGUGAUUCAGAGUUCUCCUCCACAGGAUGUUGAAUCUUACAUCCAUCGCUCUGGACGCACAGGUAGAGCUGGCCGGACAGGAAUUUGUGUCUGUUUUUACCAACCAAGAGAAAGAGGCCAGCUGAGAUAUGUGGAGCAGAAAGCUGGAAUUACUUUUAAACGUGUAGGUGUACCUUCUACAAUGGAUUUAGUUAAAUCUAAAAGCAUGGAUGCCAUCAGGUCUCUGGCUUCUGUCUCUUACGCUGCUGUUGAUUUUUUCCGACCAUCAGCUCAAAGACUGAUAGAAGAGAAAGGGGCAGUGGAUGCAUUGGCUGCAGCGUUAGCUCACAUUUCUGGUGCAUCAAGCUUUGAACCACGAUCUCUGAUCACUUCUGAUAAGGGGUUUGUGACCAUGACUCUGGAAAGCCCAGAAGAAAUACAGAAUGUCAGCUGUGCCUGGAAAGAACUUCACAGAAAGCUGAGUAGCAAUGCUGUGUCUCAAGUAACCAGAAUGUGCCUCCUAAAAGGAAAUAUGGGUGUUUGCUUUGAUGUUCCUACAAGUGAGUCAGAAAGAUUACAGGCAGAGUGGCAUGAUUCAGAUUGGAUACUCUCAGUGCCAGCCAAAUUACCUGAAAUUGAGGAAUAUUAUGAUGGGAAUACAUCUUCUAAUCCCAGACAGAGGAGCGGCUGGUCAGGUGGCAGGUCAGGCCGUUCAGGCCGGUCUGGUGGUCGAUCUGGUGGCCGAUCAGGUAGACAAAGUCGACAGGGGAGUCGGUCUGGAAGUCGGCAAGAUGGAAGAAGACGAAGUGGGAACAGAAAUCGAUCAAGAAGUGGGGGCCAUAAACGGAAUUUUGACUGAGUGUUUGAUAGUUAAUCUUCCAGUGUGAGCUUGCCUCUUUCUGUCUAAUCAUGUAUAUUAUUCACCAAAAAUUAGAUCAUCAUAGUUGAGGUAUUUGUCUGUAAUUUGCAAAGAAGUUGGUCGUAUUUUUUUAAAAAGUAUUUCACAAGAAUGGUUGUAAACAAACAAAUUACUUAUCUGGCUAUACCUUUGAAUUAAAAAAAAAGCCCCUUUUAUUGUCUGUUUC